GCAAAGUUUGGCUGUGGCGGCAAAUGGGCUUGGGCGGCUCCUCGGCGGGUGGCGGUGGUGGCCGUAGCGGUUCCUCCUGGCCCUGUUAAUGUCGGGGCCAGGCCCGGGGAGGAUGGCGCGCUAGAGCCCGGCCUCGCUGGGGUAGGGGCGGGAGGGGACGGGGUGGGCACCGGCCAUGUCGGAGGUGACCCGGAGUCUGCUGCAGCGCUGGGGCGCCAGUUUUAGGAGAGGCGCCGACUUCGACUCUUGGGGCCAGCUGGUGGAGGCGAUAGACGAGUAUCAGAUAUUAGCAAGACAUCUACAAAAAGAGGCCCAAGCUCAACACAAUAAUUCCGAAUUCACAGAAGAACAGAAGAAAACCAUAGGCAAAAUUGCAACAUGCUUGGAAUUACGAAGUGCAGCUUUACAGUCCACACAGUCUCAAGAAGAAUUUAAACUGGAGGACCUGAAGAAGCUAGAGCCAAUCCUAAAGAAUAUUCUUACGUAUAAUAAGGAAUUCCCAUUUGACGUUCAGCCUGUCCCCUUAAGAAGAAUUUUAGCACCUGGUGAAGAGGAGAAUUUGGAAUUCGAAGAAGAUGAAGAAGAGGGUGGUGCCGGAGCAGGGUCUCCUGAUUCCUUUCCUGCUAGAGUUCCCGGCACUUUACUACCCAGGCUGCCGUCUGAGCCAGGAAUGACAUCACUCACCAUCCGAAUUGAGAAAAUUGGUCUGAAGGAUGCGGGACAGUGCAUAGAUCCCUAUAUCACAGUUAGCGUAAAGGAUCUGAAUGGCAUAGAUUUAACUCCCGUGCAAGAUACUCCUGUGGCUUCAAGAAAAGAAGAUACAUAUGUUCAUUUUAAUGUGGACAUUGAGCUCCAGAAGCAUGUUGAAAAAUUAACCAAAGGUGCAGCUAUCUUCUUUGAAUUCAAACACUACAAGCCGAAAAAAAGGUUCACCAGCACCAAGUGCUUUGCUUUCAUGGAGAUGGAUGAAAUUAAAGCCGGGCCAAUUGUAAUAGAACUAUACAAGAAACCCACUGACUUUAAAAGAAAGAAAUUGCAGUUACUGACCAAGAAACCACUUUAUCUUCAUCUACAUCAGACUUUGCACAAGGAAUGAUCCUGACAUGAGUCACCCGGCACGUCUGUGAAUUCUCCCACACAGUAGCAACCAGCCCAGCUCCGCGUAGCGCAUCCCCCUCCACCGGGCAGGAGGAGGGCCGCACGGGCGCCGGCAGGCCAGAGCGAGCCCGUGGGAUUCACAGCCCAGCACUCCACUGACCUGGACAACUCCUUUGGAUACGGGCUUAUUGUAGUUUUGAAACAUGUUUUUACCUUUAUAGUAUUUGUGCAAUUCAUAGUCUCUUUUCUAACUUACCACUGUUCCUGCCCUGCUUCCUGGAACAACACUGCUGUGGGUAGGAUCUGCUCGUCUUCAAAAAUUAAUACAGCAAUAAGAAUGUGCUAGAGUUUACACAUCCGUU